AAACAUUGCAAAGUGACUUUGAAGAAGAUCCAAUAGAUCUUUCUCUUAAUGAUAACCUCGUUGAAGUGUUUGCACUGGCAAUUGAGGAUAUAUCAGAGUCAAUACCAGCCAAUAGCAGUGUUGUCAAAAUUGUAAGGGAUACCUUACAAUAUUGCCCUACUAUGGAUGUCAGACUAUAUGAUAAUGCCCAGUUCACACAGAAAGAAAUCUACUAUGAUAGAAUGAUGUGUUCGUGGUAUUCAAUUGAGCACAUUGUGUCUAGGUUGAAUAAAAAAGAUAAAAAAAGAGGUUAUUUUCGUGAUUACAAGGGCCCCAAUACGCAAUGUUGGUGUGAUGAAAACCAAUACUCCCCCAGUGAUGAAUGUAUUACCUGUUACCUUGAAUUGAAAUUGUGGAUAACUGUAAGAUUUUACCCUGUAGAAGAAGUAGCCAAGAGUUAUUGGCCUAUAUCUGAUGAAAACGAUGAAUAUGAUGGAGAAUUCAAUCCUCACAUUCAUGGUUCAGAUAAUGUGAGUCUCAUUGAUGAUACGCCAUUGGAGACUUGGAACGAAUGGGUCGAACCCAGAACCUAUCUUUUAAGCAAUUACGAUUCGGAUGAAUAUGUUGACUUAGUCUUCCUGGAAAUAGAACCUGACAAUACUAGAAGUAGAAAUAACUUAGAAUUAGCCACAAUACCUUGGUGA